AUGUCGCCAACAGAAAAAACAGUCAAGCGACAGCGGCCUGCAGAUACCGGUCAAGAUGCAAAGGCUGGCCGAAGCAAACGUCUCAAGACCGAUGCACUUAAAGGCGAUGCUGUUGUCGCUGUGUCGGAAAAGAAGAACAAGAAAUCGACAGAAUGGUCUCUUGACUUGAUGUUCAGAGGAAAUAUAUUUAAUAUCGAUCCAGUUUUCUCAGUUGAUGAGAAAUAUCUCUUCUUGAGUCGCGGAGAUGCUGUUCAGGUAUACUCAAUGGCGACGCAGCGACCCGUCAAGAGUUUCACGAUGAAAGACUCGUCCCACGUCACCGGACUUCAGCUCGUGCCAUCGGACCCUCAGCACCUAUACAUAUCGACUCUUUCCGGUAAACUCGUACAAUGGGAUUGGGAGGCAGGUCGAGAAAUCACCGCCCGAGGAAACUUUGUCAAAGUGUCACUCUUCGAGAUCAUUCCGCUCAAAGUUCAAGAGGAGGAACAACAGCGCAUGGCAUACUUUGCAAUCAAGACUAAGGGCGCUCGCUCCCAUAUUGCUGUGAAUACGGAUUGGACUCAAAGAAAAGACUCUGCUGGCGAAACUGUGGUGUUCGACACUGCGCAUGCUAUCACUCAUUUCAAGGUCGUUCAGGGUGGUCAGUUUAUUAUUGCUUGUGCUCGCCAGCAUCUCAUGAUAGGAACGUUAAGUCCGAUGUCUAAGGAGAAGGGCGUGUAUAACGAAUAUGAGUGGAGAGAGUACAGGCUUCCAGUCAAGCACAUUACUUGCUUGGAUGUUCGAGAACCGCAGGCUGCUGGUCUCGGAAAGAAUACGACUAUGUCAAUUGACAUAGCUGUUGGCGAUGCUUCUGGUGUCAUUCUGGUUUACAAUGAUGUUUUGAGUUCGAUUGGCCGUGAGGGUACAUCUGGUCUACCUCUACUUCAACGGUUGCAUUGGCACCGUGAGGCCGUCGCUUCUCUUCGAUGGUCACGUGAUGGCAAUUACAUCAUUUCAGGAGGAAAAGAGUCUGUUUUGGUCUUUUGGCAACUAGAUUCCGGACGCCGCAAUUUCUUGCCUCAUUUACCAUCUCCUAUCCGCAGCAUCAUACUCUCCUCGAUUGGAGCUUUAUAUGCAGUUCAACUAGCAGACAGGUCUAUUACAGUGAUUUCUGCAACUGAGUUAAAUUCGUUGGCUACAAUAGACGGGCUACAGCUUCCAUCAUCACUCGACGCAUUUAACGAUGCCGACGACAGAGGCGUUGAGCGCAGUCUUGGUGCAGGGUUGCCUGCUAUACUUCAUCCUCAUCAACCCGAGCAAUUGCUCCUAGCAAGUCCCAGCGGUGACUCGUCAAGCCUUACGUUCCUCCAAACGUUCAACAUUCAGACUGGAUUACAGGUCUCCCGACAAGCUCUUGCACGAACAAAUGUGACGAAUUUGCACAAAGGACCUGAAGGAACACCAAUCCUACCACCCAAUGUGGAGUUCAUGGAAAUAAGUGGAAACGGCCAGUGGCUCGCUACCAUAGAUUCCUGGAGUCCGCCCCAGAAAGACGUCGAGGCAUCUCUAGGUCCACUUCUCGACGACGCGCAGUUACAGAAGCGUAAGGAAGUGUUUCUAAAGUUUUGGCAUUGGAGUGAAGCGCAAGGAAUUUGGGAACUUACAACACGUGUCGAGACCCCUCACUUGGCAGCAUCCGGCGAAGCAGUCCAGAUUCUCUCUCUCAAGACUCGAUCGGAUCGAUCUGAAUUUGUCACACUUGGCUCGGACCUUACCAUCAAAGUAUGGCAACCCACUGCUCGUUACACUGUUGCCAAAUCACAGCCUCGAUCGAAUACAAUGGAACAUACCUGGAAGAAUUCUACCUCAAUAGACCUGUCAUAUACUAGUCAUGAUGCUACCACCGGCUCAAUAACCUUUUCCGAGGAUGGGUCUAUUCUUGCUGUGGGUUUGAAGAAUGCAGUUCAUCUCGUUGAUACUCGACAAUGGUCUGUGUAUUCUAGCCGUCAAGUUUUCUCUGUUGAUAGCAUUCGAAGUGUCGAGUUCCAGGGUCGGUAUUUGGUUAUUCUGUCUGAACAGUCUCUUGCCGUCUGGAACGUGGUCGAUAAUGUGGUACAAACACCUGCCGAGUCUGCCUCGUCAAGCUCGGGCUCUUCCAAGAAUAUUGCAUUGGCUGCCGAUUCAUCUACAGAUACGUUCGCCGUUGUGACCAAGACACUGGCAGCGAAUCCUGCUGGUCAACCCAGCCGCGGAACAACCUACAGCAUAGCCGUUUACAGCACCUCGACCAUGACUCUGUUAACCGAAUCUGGAUUGGAAAAGACCCCAAUUAAGUUUCUUGCCGAUCCGAACAAUGGAGGCUAUAUUGCCAUUGAUAGCGCGGCAAACCUCUGGCGAUUCAGUCAUCCCAAACAAAACAUCCAAGCGCUGGCUGCGUCGACAGAGGCAUCGGAACAGCAAUCUUCAGCCGCGGGCGCUGGCCUUGACAAUAUCUUUGGUCGUGGCGGCCGAAAACUGUUGGAGCAGACACGUAGCAAUCAACAACCAACGACGUCCACACCCAGACUGGAAGAUCUUGGGGACAUAUUCGACCGUGCACCGCCUUUUGCAUUACCGCCUGCAACGGCGCUAUUCAAGGAUGUUAUCAAUGCUCUUAUAUCCAGUUCUUGA